GCACGGCGGCUUCCCUUGCUCCGGCCGGCCGCCAUGGCUGCAGCGGCGAGGCGACGGCGAGGGACUCGAAGCGGUGGCUGCUGCUGCUGCUGCCGCCUCCUCCUCUGGAGGAGUCCGAAACAAGCGCCCCAGUGGAGAAGAGGAGGUAGACUUAAAAGCGAGCCAGGAAUGUUUGGGACACUGUUACGUUAUGGAAGAUGAAGACUCAGAAGCUCAAGAGGAGGAAGAGGGUAAAGAGACUGAUAAAAGUGACCAAGUGGAUUGGAAAGAGAAGCUGAGUCCAGUUUCCAGCUCUUCGGAACACUGGUUGGGAAAUACCAUGCCUGUUACCAACUGCAGAGGUAUGAACCUGUCAAACUUCCACAAUACAGUUAAUUUGACUCAGGCUAUUAGCCGUGAUGUUAGUCUUCAUGAUGCUACAAUGGUGAAAUCAGAACACAAUACAACAGUAAAUGCAGAGAGAAGGAAUUUGGAGAUACUGGAGAAUCUGUCAUUAACAGAUUCUCACACAUCACUAAUGAAUGGUGUCAACAUGCUUGGGGUUUUUGCAUCUGAUAAUUGUACAUAUCUAACAAACCAGGAUCUGUUCUUGAGCCUGGAUGGACAUGGAUUUGAAGCUUCCUGUUUCUUUGAAGAACGGGAUUCAGAUUCUGGACUGUCUUUGGAUUUAAAUCAUAGCAAUUCAUCCCUUGUUUUUACCUGUGACAGUGAUGCUGAAUCUGCCACCUAUGAUGAUUUAGCUAUAGGAGGCUGCUGCGUAGAAUACAGCAAAUGUUACCACACAGAUUAUCAAAGCAAUUAUGAUCUCAGUGCAGAAUUGUUUGUAGAUGUGUUGCAUGAUCACACGUACAGCCAAAUCCCACAACAGCUGGCACACUGUGUGCCAGAAGAAUAUUACUUCAUGUGGCCAGAGAAAUCAAAUAAAGCCAGAAGUAGAAAUGGAGAUAACACAGAGAGAAACCAAAGCCGUGACGAAUACCGUGCAGAAGCCCUGAGAAUUCCAUUCUCUGUAAAUGAUAUUGUGACUCUGCCUGUUGAUUCCUUCAAUAACAUGUUAUCAAAAUACUACUUGACAGAUAACCAGCUAUCACUCAUACGUGACAUAAGGCGGAGAGGAAAAAACAAAGUCGCUGCUCAAAACUGCCGCAAACGUAAACUAGAUGCAAUUAUGAACCUUGAAAAUCAGGUGUGUCACCUUCAAGCACAAAAGGAAAAGCUCAAGAAGGAAAAAGCCCAGUGUAAUAGAUCAAUUAGCAAUAUAAAACAAAAACUAAAUGAUCUUUAUUGGGACAUUUUGAGUAGAUUAAGAGAUGACCAAGGAAGACCUGUUAACCCAAGCCAAUACUCUCUACAGUGUUUUGGUUGCACCUGGAAAAGCCAUCAAACUGGAACUGAAACAAAAUAA